UCUACGGUUUGUCACAAAACGCAGCCGACGCCGAAAUGAUCGAUAACAUGAAUAUUUCAAUAGCGGACUACUUUGCUGAGCGUUAUUCCAUCCAUUUGAAAUAUCCAAAAUUGCCCUGCGUGCGGAUAAAGCCUAAGCUGAGCGAAUACAUGCCAAUGGAACUGCUCUAUGUACUGCCCUACCAACUCCCGAAGGCAGAUAAAGCGGACAUUGCAAGCGAGAUCAUACGCUGUUCAUCAGUUCGUCCACAAGAUCGCUUCUUCGAGCUGGACCACUUUGUAAAGGACUUCGUUCGAAAACAACAUCGUUUGGCUAGGGAUUUACACUUGGAUGUGAGUGCAGUGAAGCCAACGGAUGUCCCAGCGCGUGUUCUACCCCAACCACAAGCCAUCUUCCAUGGGCAGACUACAAUACUUGGACGUGGAAAGUGGAAUCCGGCCCCCUUCUACCGGCCAGUUGGCGGCCCGACUUUGAAGUGGGCAAUCCUUGCGGUCCCCCCAGAUAGGAUGGCUCCAGCCGACAGUCGGAUGUUGCAGGAAGAACUGCCAAGGAGUUCCGCAAAGCUGGGCGUGCAUCUGGACCCUAGUCCACUCGUCAAGACCAUUACAUUAGCUCAGCUUCGGUAUGCCUUCGAAGAAUUUAGGAAAAAGGGGAUAGAACUGGCGGUCAUCAUUCUCUAUGACAGCAGGUCGUACUCGACAAUAAAGCGACUUGGUGACCUGGAACUGGGAAUGAAGACGCAGUGUGUCAAAAACACAACCCUUAGAAAGCCCAAUGUUAUGCUUAACCUGAUGCUAAAAAUCAAUGGCAAGUUGGGAGGCAUAAAUUGGUCUGUAAAACAACUGCAGGAAGAGAACCUCUUGAUGGUCAUGGGGGCUGAUGUGACGCACCCCGCGGCAACCAAGGCAGACAGACUGCAGAAGUCGGUGGCGGCAGUCAUAGGAAGCCUUUCGCCUGAUCUGAUGCGUUAUGCG